AUGGCUUCCUCGAGCGCCAGCGCCCCUGCAGGCGGCGACAAACCCACCGCCAUUGUCUGUGUCGGCAUGGCCGGAUCGGGCAAGACGACAUUCAUGCAACGGAUCAAUGCGCAUCUUCACGGGAAGAAGGAGCCACCAUACGUCAUCAAUCUAGAUCCCGCGGUUUUGAACGUCCCAUUCGAAUCCAAUAUAGACAUCCGCGACUCGGUCAACUACAAAGAGGUUAUGAAGCAAUACAAUCUUGGUCCUAAUGGAGGCAUCCUGACAAGUUUGAAUUUGUUUGCCACCAAAGUCGACCAGAUCGUGGGUCUUCUAGAGAAGAGGUCCAACCCCGAAGAUGGCAAGACACCCAUCAAGAACAUCUUGGUGGAUACACCUGGUCAAAUCGAAGUCUUUGUGUGGUCGGCAUCCGGCCAAAUUCUCCUCGAGUCGCUCGCCUCUUCUUUCCCGACAGUCAUUGCAUAUAUCAUCGACACGCCUCGGACGGCUUCGACAAGCACCUUCAUGUCAAACAUGCUUUAUGCAUGCUCCAUUCUCUACAAGACAAAGCUACCCAUGAUUCUAGUCUUCAACAAGGCUGAUGUUAAGGAUCCGUCGUUUGCAAAGGAUUGGAUGACGGAUUACGAUGCAUUUUCGGAGGCUCUCCAGGCCGAUGAAGCAAACAACGCAUUUGGCGGUGUCGAGGGCGAGGGAGGUGGCAGUGGAUAUAUGAGCAGUCUAUUAAACUCCAUGAGCUUGAUGCUGGAGGAGUUUUAUACGCACCUGAGCGUCGUGGGAGUCUCAUCCAUGACCGGGCAGGGUGUAGACGAGUUCUUCGCAGCCGUCAAGGACAAGACCGAGGAGUUCAAACGUGACUACCAACCCGAGUUGGAGAGAAAGCGUGCUGAACGGGAAGAGACAAAGCGCAAGACAAGGGAGAAGGAGCUGGAAAAGAUGAUGAAAGGAAUGGGUAUGGACACAAGGGAGGCCGGCUCAUCCAAGGACGCCAACGCUCCUAUCGACGACAAUGACGACGUUGAUGUUCCCAGCGAUAAUGACGAAGCAGAUGACUACGCGGAUGACGAUGAAAUGGACCGUGAAGGACUUCAGGCAAGGUACGAGGCGGCCAUGCAGGGCAGCGCAGUGUCCAAUAUGGAAGAGGCAAGCUUUGCCAAAUUUUUACACACACAAAGACAGCAGUAA